UACAUAUCAAUCCCUAAAUUUACUAUGGUUACUUUUACUUUUUUCCAAAAGGGGUGUAUCACCAGUACAUCCUAUUAUAAGCUUUGGAGAAAGAGGGCGAGACCUUCGCAGCGGAGCCGAAUGGUAAAGUAGUAACCACAGUAAGAUCGCUGUAAAAUCGCUGAAAUGUAAAUAAAAAUAAAAUGGUGUGACGUGUUGGGAAAAGUUGAUUUUUCCUUUCUUUCAUAUAACACCUCAAUGACUGAAAAAAAGCAUAAAGCGUUUGAAGAAAAUAUACCAGAUUUGUUGCAAUCUUCAGAAAGAAGAACCGAUGCCACAUCAGCAGAAAUCACUCCCUCAGCCUCUUCUUCUUGUGCAAAGUUACGAAGUGUACCGAUUCCGCAAACACUCAUUUUAAAGAGACGUACAAGUAAAUCGUCUAUUUCUUCAGUGGAUGACCAUAAUGAAGUCCUUGAAAAUUAUCCUACUUCACCCACCGGUUCCAUAUCAGGAGGAGAUUUAUCACACAGAAAAUCAUUUUUAUUCGACAUAGACUACAACAGUAGCAGUCCAGGCAGCGACGAUAUGUAUCAUCGUUCUCCUCCUCCGCCUUUACCAUUAUCCAACCCGAGAUAUUCCUCUCCUCCAGCAGGUAGUGGAGGUAAAUAUAUGGUUAGGUCCAAACGAGCAAGCUGGAUCGAUGGUUCUUCUUGUAUGACACCGUAUGAUUCCACUCCUUCAACUCCGUUAACCCAGCCUCAGUCAAAGAUACCACCUCUCGUAUUACCCAAAUCAAUUGACGAUACCUCUUUAAAAUCCGGCUCAUUAUCUAAAUUACGUGAAGAUAGACAAUUUCAAUACCAUUCGCCUAGACGUGAAAACUCGGUUGACAGCGCUGCUCCUUUAUCCGCGUCCUCUUCAACCACAGAAAGGAUACAAGAUGACACCGAAGACUUAUCCUUCAGAAGAUCAUCUGCUCAUGAAAGAAAGACUUCGGCGUCUUCCAUCAUUACUGAUUCAAGUUUAGCUAGCGAAGAAAUUUAUUCCCCAGUAUCAUCUCCUCACCGGCACAAAAGCACAAGCAGUAAUGGUCCUCGUUCUGCAUCCGCAUCACCAUUAGUCGCACACGCUCAAUCAUCUACCUCGACACCACACACACCUUAUGCACCCACACACAAAUCAAGACGUCGUUCAUCCAUGAGCAUGCUUCGAAAUAUUCCUAGUUCAGAACUAGCCGAUAUCAUCAGUGGCAAUUCACCUAAUCCCAUCUUGGAAACACCUCCUGCUGAUCUCAUGCAACAGCAACAUCCGUUUUCUUCGAUAGAUCCCAGUGAGGAACCCAGUCAUACACCUGAGGGUGCACCCGUCAAACACUCGAUCCAAUCGCUAUUAAGAAAGCAGCUUUCGAGUAAACGUAAACCCAUGAGAGAUCGUCGCUCUUUACCAAACAUCGAUGGCCGACCUAAUGAAGCUGAUAAAGAUGUAAUUGAAAUGAAUUUGGAUUCAGGAAGUGUAGCAUCUGAUGAGCAAUCGCACGGAUUUGACAUCUCUUCGCAUGAGGGCGCAAGUCCUGUAUACCCUGCCAUGCUAUUAAAUGAGACCAAACCCAAUCGUAAAGACUUUUCCCCCACUUGUCUCUCUCGCACUUCUGUGCCUGAUAUGUCAAGUUGGCAUACUGAUGAUCAUUAUGGCGAUUACUUCAGUAAUAAACCCGUUAGAAGUACUGCUUCUUCCGCUGCAUUAUAUGGAAAAACAGAUGCUUCUCAACAUAGUAAACCUUUAUUAACAUCAUCUUCAUUGUACGGUGCCCAUUAUUCAAAUUCAGGGUCCGACGAAGACUAUGCAAAGAAAUUGUUCAUGUCAAGAUCAGCCAAAGUAAAACGUUGGUGCAGUCUGAAAGUGGAUGGAAUGGAAGAAAAGUUUCAGAAUAUACAUAGACGAAGUAAUAGUGCAGGAAGCUCCAGUAGCGUCCCAACAAGACGUUUCUCGGCACAGACUUUACGCCGAUAUCCUCAAGAUGAUUGCCAUAUGCCCACCAUUAUGGUCACAACCGCGGAUGAACGUAAAGAUGAAUCAGAUCAAAAGAUGGUAAAUAAUGUGCCUUGGGUAGAUUGGUUAGAAGAAUACAAGAUAAUCAAGGCAAGAGAAAUCCGAAGAAGAUCCUCUACACAACAUGAUAUGGAAACAACAGCAUCAGAAGCAGUGCGUCGUCAAGAGGAGCCUAAACCAUCACCUUCCACUUCGACGACAACGAAUGCUAGUGGUAAAUCAGACUCGGUCGUAAAUCGUGUUCUGUCUAAUUGGUGGAACACUGUCAAAAUUGGCGCCGAACAUUAUUCUAACCAUAAGCAUGACGAAUCUCAUCACAAUCCACUCAACAAACUAAAAAAUAUGCCCGUCUUGAGCCAUUUCAAACAUAACGAAGAGAAGCAUCACAAGCCGACAAAGAGAAUGUCGGGAGGAUUUCAGUUACCCAAAAAAUCUCACACCCCUUCACUCAUCUCCAUGCCUCCUCCAGCAGAGGAAGAAAAUCAACAUCAUUUGAAUAAAAACUCAUUGAAUCUCUCGUUGGAUUUACAUGAUUUGCAACAUCCACUGGAAGGAAAAAUAAAGCCCUUCUUAGUCGACACAACAGCACCCGCUAGUAGACGAUGGUCCACCACAAAAGAUAGUAUGGACAUGGACAGCAUAUCACCCAUUUCCAUGCAACAUGAUACUAGUGAGCAUUCAUCCCUUCCUGAUAGCCCAUCGACCUUGACUCAACUUACAAAAGUACCCAGAAACCCAAUUACUCAAAAGAGUCUUGCUAAACGUGUUGGUUAUCGAUUUUAUAAUCCUGGGAACCGUAUGGGUACCUUUGGCCAGUUAAGUCAUAUAUUUGGUUCACAAUCUGAUGAAACGGACACAAAUUCAACUAUACGUAUUCAACACUCGAUCAAAUCAAGGCUGCAGUUUGCUAAAGAAGCAUGCAAUGCAGAACUAAGACAAAUCAUUGAUGGAUUAAAUGAAUAUGUCGAAAGAGGAUUACAAUAUGUGGAAGAUAUGGAUGCCAUUUUAGAAGAGGGUAUGCAUUCAGUAGGAAGUCUGGAUACAGAAGAGGAAGAAGAAGACGAGAACACAUACACUCAUCCGCUGCCCAGGGUACUUGAAAUAGACGAAACACCAUCUCCACCAAACGGCAAAGCACAUUCAAACUCUUCCAGCAUGAAUAGUCUACCUCAUAAACGUACGUUAUCAUCAGCUAUGGAUGAAAACGAGUUUUUAUCGCCCAAUCACAAACACCACACCGGCUCACCCUCACCUAUAGCGGCUGCUGUCGUUGUACCGGACGACAGCGAACAACAACAUACAAUGGUUGCCUUUAUUUCGGAAGAUUCUUAUUUACCUACUCCAUUUAUAUUGACCUUACAAGAUUUGAUCACAGUUGCUCAAAAUGUGAUGGAUACUUCGUUAGACGAAAUCAUUGAAACAAAUGGUGCUUGUGCAGAGGCCGUAGCAAACAUUCAAGUCAUUGGAUCUCGAUGGGAUGAUCAUCCUGAAUGGCCAUGUCGUGAGUGGUAUGUACGCUUGUUACUAGGUAUUGCUGCAUUAAACCGUGUUGUGGAAUGGUGGGCUGCGGAACGAGGCUUUUGGUCUGUCACAGGUCCCUCUGUUGCCGCCAGCGAUACAGAUGAUAUGGAUACCAUCAGCAAUCUUUCGAAAAUGGAUGAAACCGAUGAUGAAGAUGGACACAUGUCUAUUGAUGAAAUAUCUAAUAGCCCUAGAAAGUUUCCUUCGCGACUGGAUAAUGAUUCUAUGAUCUCGCAUGAUACGAGAUCGCCUAUAUUUGAAGAAAUGGACGAUGAAGAUCGUGAGCAGUUUGGUAGCUUACAACUUCAGGCGGAAGCUGAAAGAAGCCAGAAUUCCACCAUUAUUGUAGAGCUUAGUUUAGGAACUACCACAGUACGUUAUGUAAGCCCUGUCUGGUUCGAUGUUGUUGGUACGGACCCACAAUCAGUUAUUGGUCAUAGUGUCACUCGUUUGCUUUCUAUUGAUGAUAGCAAGAUAUUCAGCAAUGCUACUGAAGAACUGCUAGCCGACAAUUCCCACACUGUAGAAGUGCGAUUUAACGUGAUAGGUGCUGAAGGCUCACAUAUCGAGAUGGAAGGAAAAGGUAUGCUCAUGUGUAACAGAGUCACCAACGAACCCAGCCAUACCAUGUGGGUAAUGAAACCCGUUGUUCCUCGACGCUGGUCUAUCGUUGAUAUGUCCCUAACGCCUCGUGCUGAUAAUAAAUCUGGGUGGCUAGACCAUAGCCCCACACAACCCGAUUUUAUACUAAAAGAUGAACCUGUUACUGCUGAAGAGCAACGUGCUAUGAUGAGAAAUCGGUCUAAAUCAGAACCUGCCAUUCACACCCCACCAUUCCUACCGGCUAUUAAAGACGCCAUGGUUGAGGAGGAUGCGGAUCAAGAAGGUGUGCCAGUUUCACUUUCCAGUUUGAUGUCUUUACCGCCUGUACUAUGCCGUGUGUGCGAAAGAUGGGUGGUAGCAGCGUUCUUCGAACAACAUUCAGAGCUUUGUGUAGAAAUUCACCAGAGUGAGAUGGAUGUCAACGGUUGCAACGAUAGUCUGAUGGAAAUUAAACACCUUAUUCACGAACGAAUUGAAAACACAAAACAGGAGAUUGAAGAAUUGUCAUCAGAAAACUCUGAAGAUCAAGAAGCUAUUCCGGAGCAAGAAGAAUCUGAUGACGAUAAUGAUUCGAUUUUCGGUGAUCAUCUACCCUUAGAGGAAGCCAUUCAUCCGCUGGAAGUCAAAAAGGGUGAACUGGAAUUAUAUAAUGAUCUUUUAGAAAUUUUGGAUGUUUCCUUAAGUAUAUCUAUGCCAGGUACGGUAGAGGAUGGUGUAGGUAAUAUUGAGGCUGAUGGUUCAGAUUCGGAUGAUAAACAUUCACAGUCGCCACGAUCUAAAGAUAAAAUGGUUCAGAUUUUGUAUUGGCGGCCACCCACAACGGAUGAUCCUGCAUUAGCAGCACUUGUAAAAGAUGUGGAGGAAUUGACCAGAGGUAAGGUCGAUGCUGUGAACCGAAUGCGCGAUCGAUUGGACUAUAAUAGUCGAAUUCGAGCCGAAUUUCAAAAGAAUACCAACCAAGAAGAUCAUUGGACAGAGUUUGUGUUUGAUUCCUCUGAGGAAAAAAAAUCAGAUGAUGGAAACGAAAACACAACGGAAGAGCAACAGCCUGUCGAUGUCAAAGUUAGCAGGAACGAAGAUUUACAUCCAACACAUGCACGAAAGAGCUUGAUUAAUCGAAUAAAGUCUUGGAGGCGACGUCGCUCUACAGGUAUCGCUUCUCGGUUAUCACGAAAAUUGAAGUCGAUUACACCUGAUACUACAAACACGCCCAUCGUCGAAAUGGAGACAAUAGAAACGCCUAUUGGAUCGCCUGGCCUUCGUCCUAAGGGUUCUCCUAGCAUUCAUAAGGAUCAUGUAUCAUCUGGUUCACGCACCCCAAAUAGUGUAUUAGGAAAGCCACCUUCUUCCCCACUUCAUGCUCCUGUUGCCUCCCGUCCUACUUUUCCUAGCAUUAAAGAUUUUGAUAUCAUCAAGCCUAUCAGUAAAGGUGCAUUUGGAUCGGUAUUUUUGGCAAAGAAACGUACUACAGGAGAUUAUUAUGCUAUUAAGUUCUUAAAAAAGUCUGACAUGAUUGCCAAAAAUCAGGUCACAAAUGUCAAGGCUGAACGUAUGAUUUUGAUGUCGCAAACUGAUAGUCCAUUUGUCACCAAAUUAUAUUAUACAUUUCAAUCUAAAGAUUACUUGUACCUCGUUCUGGAAUACCUAAAUGGUGGCGAUUGUUCGGCGUUGAUCAAGGUUAUUGGGAGUUUACCUGAAGACUGGACUCGAAACUACCUUGCUGAAGUCACGCUCGGUCUAGAAUAUUUGCAAAGUAAAAAUGUUAUUCAUCGUGAUCUUAAACCCGAUAAUUUACUGAUUGAUCAUAACGGGCAUUUGAAGUUGACUGAUUUCGGUCUAUCCAGAAUAGGUUUUUUGGAUCGUCGUGUGAGGGAUGAGUUAACCACAGUAUCCUAUCAUGAUAGAGUUCAGCCUAUUUCUCCGGCGCCUUCCAGAUCGGGCACACCUCCGCAGUCUCCUAAUGAAGUGCCGUCCACACCUAACGGAGGUGCUUAUCGACAUUCUUACUUUAGUUUGUUAUUUGAUCAGGGCCAUAGCUCACCAUCUACACCAUAUUCUGGCACUGUAAACAAUGAAGAAGCUGUAAUCAAUCCUGCUUCCCCUGAAAGUCGCAAUCAUGAUCAUAAUCAUCGUCGACACUUGUCCUCAGCAUUAUCCGAGUCAUUAUCGUCCGGUAUAACAUCGACGAGUAUCUCCAAAACAGAUAGGGGAGCCAAAGACGAUCCAUCGCCUCGUCAAGCUGUAGGAACACCUGAUUACUUAGCUCCCGAAAGUAUUUUAGGAACUGGUCAGGAUUCGAUGGUAGAUUGGUGGGCACUUGGCGUGAUUUGCUAUGAAUUUCUGUAUGGUAUCCCCCCUUUCCAUGCUGAUACACCUGAUAAAGUAUUCGAAAAUAUAUUGUCUCGGCGUAUUGAUUGGCACGAAGACGUGGUUCAAAUAUCCCCUGAAGCCCGGGAUUUUAUGGAAAGGCUUAUGACAGUAGACCCCGAGAAACGUUUAGGAUAUAAUGGGGCAGAAGAAGUUAAAAGACAUCCAUUCUUCAAAAGUAUUAAUUGGGAUACGCUGUUAAAGGAAUCGCCAUCUUUUAUUCCUCAACCCUCUGGAAUGGAAGAUACUGAUUAUUUUGAUGCUCGUGGUGCUACGAUGCAAAAUGCACCUGAAGAAAUGAAGACGCCUGGGACUUUAGACGAAUCAGCAAAGGCCCAAGUCGAACGUGCAAAAGCGAUUAUUCGUGAGCAAAAUCCAGAAAAUUUACCUCCUGUAUCUAAUAAACGUAAAUCGCUUGGCAAGGCCCCUGCAAAUGAUUAUAAACAAGACGAAGUAGAGGAAGAUUCAGAUAAUACAGAUUUUGGAACAUUCACCUAUAAAAACUUGCCUGUACUUGAAAAAGCCAAUGAAGAUAUGAUUCGAAAGAUUAGACAUGACAGCAUUUCAGCAACAGCUUUAAGUGACGCAAGUCCACCUGGAAAACUAAUUCAUCGAAAGUUCCCCUUGAUAUCUACAAAAAAAAGCAAUUUAUCUCAUGAGAAUUCGGGACAAUGUACACCCACUGGAAGUAACUAUAGCCAUUCACCAUCGUCUUCAACAUCUGGAACCCCGCUUUCAAUGUCUCCUUCUGUGUCUUCUAAACUGCAUAUGGUAUCACCUCCUGUAGGUCGUAGACCUGUUGAUUCAACUUUACCACAUAUUCCAACCAAAAUGUCUGAUAUAUCUUCGCCAUCUUCAUCUCGUGAUAGCACACCACAUCGUGCAAGAUCUUUAUCUACACCAUCAAUCGAUCCUGUGAAAGCCGCUGCUGCUGUUGCUUCGGUAUGUAAUAAUUCAUCACAAGCAAGCUCUUCUGUAACUACACCAUUACAUCAUCAUCGCCAUAGCCCUAGUGAUUUUCCUUACCAUCGCCCUAACUACCACGAUGAUGUACGUCCAACAGCAUCAACAUCCGGGGGAACUGAAUAUUUUGGCUUAAACAAAACCACAGUAUCACCCUUGGGUAAGCCCGAGCGAAAGUCAUCACUGAAUAGCUUUUCUGACCAUGCACGCACGGACUCAUCGGGAAACCGUAUAAAACCUAUAGCUUGUCUCGUUGCUGAUGAUAACCCGAUUAGUUGUAAAAUUAUCGAGACUAUUUUGCAAAUGUUGCAUUGUCAAUGUGUAAUUGUUCGAAAUGGAGCACAAGCAAUUCGAUCUGCAAUGAGUGAUGUUCGAUAUGAUAUCAUUUUCAUGGAUAUUCGAAUGCCUAUCGUUGAUGGAGAAACCGCUGCUAGAAUGAUCAAGUCCACAAACAAUAUCAACAUGAAUACACCCAUUGUUGCAGUGACAGCGUAUGAACGUAAUGUACAAUUGGCUGAUGCAUUCGAUAGCAUUUUGAGCAAGCCAGUGACGAAAGAUAUCAUAUCACAGCAAUUGAAGCAACUGUGUAGGUUGGCCACAUCAGCUCCAGUGAUAGAACCUUCUCCUUCGAAUACAAUUGCACAUCCUGAUCAUACAAAAAGUCUGUUACCUUCCAUCGGACAUCCAUAAUCUUAUUAGACUUUGUUUAAAAAUCUAGUCUAUAUAUCCUACUUUAUAAUUAUCGAUCAACGAAUAAAUAAAAUGAUUGAAAAGUAUAGUAAUUUU